CCUCCUGCCACUUAUCUCUCUUAACUACAAACCAGUCUCACCCUAACGUGACACUUCAGCAGUCUGCACCCAAGAAACCCAUUGUGCGUGCUUUACGGCAGCUGGAGCUGCGCGGCAGGAUGUCUGAAGCGGUCGGUGCGGAUCCUGCAACGUUUGAGAAGCGGCUGCUGGUGACGGGUGGCGCCGGCUUCAUUGCCUCGCAUGUGAUUAUUUGCCUGCUGGAGAGAUAUCCGAAUUAUUUGAUCAUAAAUUUGGACAAGCUUGAUUACUGUGCAAGCCUAAAGAACUUGAAAUCGGUUUCCAGCAGAAAAAACUACAAAUUUAUAAAGGGUGAUAUUUGUGAUGAACAUUUUAUGAAGCUAUUAUUUGGAACUGAAAAAAUUCACGUAGUUCUACAUUUCGCAGCUCAGACUCAUGUUGAUAAGUCAUUUUGGUGCUCUUCAGAAUUCAAAAACGUGAAUAUUUAUGGUACGGAAGUCCUCGUGAAAGCUGCUUAUCAGGCUAAUGUUGAAAAAUUUAUUCAUGUUAGUACUGAUGAAGUCUAUGGAGGAAGUAUUAAAGAGGAAUUCAAUGAAACAUCACCUAGAUGUCCCACAAAUCCUUAUGCAGCAUCAAAAGCAGCAUCUGAGUGUAUCGUCAUGUCCUAUUGGGAAAACUUCAGGUUUCCUGUUAUUGUGACCAGAAGUAGUAAUGUUUAUGGACCCCAUCAAUACCCAGAAAAAGUUAUUCCAAAAUUCAUAGCCUUAUUGCAACGUAACCGAAAAUGCUGUAUUCAUGGAACAGGAAUUCAAGCACGUCAUUUUCUCUAUGCUACAGAUGUUGCUGAGGCUUUCCUUACAAUUCUUGAGAAGGGUGAACCUGGUGAGGUGUACAAUAUGGGCACAAGCUUUGAGUUAUCAGUUUUUCAGCUUGCCAAGGAGUUAAUUCACCUGAUUAAAGAAACUGCUUCAGAAUCUGAACUAAAACUUUGGAUUGAUCAUGUCAGUGACAGGCCUUCCAAUGACUUGGGAUAUCCAAUGAAUUCAAAAAAGCUGCAUAGACUUGGAUGGAAACCCAAAGUGCCUUGGGAAGAGGGAAUUAGAAAAACAAUCAAAUGGUAUGAAACAAACUUCCACAACUGGUCAGAUGCAGAAAAUGCGUUGGCUCCCUUUCCAUCAUCAGUACUUCGUAAAGAAUGCCAAAGGAGCCGGUUUGCUGGACCAGAACGUUAUACAUCUCCUACUUAUCUUCCACUCCCCCAGCUUAAGUUUUAAUGUAUAGUUGAGCCAAUUUUAGCAAAUUCCUAGCUUUAUGAUGAGCUUUGGAUCAAUGCUUGUGUAUUCUAAGUAUACUGGUUUCUUUAGCCAAUUUUUUUGAUAAAUGUACUG